AUGCUUUCUGAAAGGGAUCGCACGUCUGGUAAAGGGAUGCCAGCUGAAAUGAAAGAACAAUUAUUAAACACUGUGGAUAAUAUUGAAAAUUAUAAAAUUAUUCUAAUUGUAUCUGGCCAAUAUUCACGUCAGACCUUACAAUUAUUGCAUAGUAAUGAAAAAAUUAAUUCUGUUUAUAUUUUUUGUAUAAUUAAAGAAUUAUAUCAAGAUUUAGUGAAAAAUAAACAAUAUUCAAAAUUAAUUCGUAUAUUUGUUGAAUAUGAUGAAUUAUUUCAAAUAUUAGAGAAACGUAUAAAUUCGUUACUAAAACAUUUAUCUACAUUUACUUUAUUUACUCAGAAUGAUAAAUCAAUGCGUAAUUUAGAACAAGAAUCUGUUCAUUAUUUGUGGUAUCAAUUACUUCGUGAUACAUUGAUAAAUAUGCAAACAUAUGAUUCAAAACAAGAAAUGAUUGAUUAUUGUCAAGUAUAUUAUCAUGCUGACAUAGCAAUCUCUAUCAAUCGUCUGAUGUUAUUCGAUGAUAUACAAAAAAAUGCAUUUCCAUUUAAAUUUAUUAAUCAAGCAUUACGUACUGAAAAUAUCGAUGCUUUAUAUAAAUUAAGAUAUUUUAUUGUUAAUUUUUGUACGAGUUUAAAACGAAUAUUUGAUGAAAAUUUAGAACUCUAUGAAGAUGUUUUUGAUCCGUUCUUAAUUGUUUAUCGUGGUUUAACAUUAUCUAAUGAAAAUAUUGAACAGUUAAAACAAUCAGUUGUAUAUAAACAUUAUUCAACAAAAAUUUUAUUUGGUAAAUUUUUAUUAACAACGGGUCAUUUUCAUAGAGCCAUUGAAUAUUUUGAAAAUUUAUUACAAACAACAUUAACUGAUAUUGAACGAUACAAUAUUUAUGUAAAGCUUUCUGAUGCUUAUAAUAGUACGAGACAAUAUAAUUUAGCACUCAAUUAUGUAUUAAUGACUACGGAUCUUGAAACUACUUUAUUUUCUCAAUCUUGGAUAUGUCCCUAUAAUUUAAUGCCAUUAGGACAACUUUAUCAACAGCAAAACAAUUUUGAUUAUGCACUUCAAUACUAUGAAAAAGCAUUAGACACUUUUGAUAUAUAUAAUCAACGAGCAAUAGCAAUUCUUCAUUCACAAAUAGGAGAAAUUUAUUAUAAUCAAAACAAUUGUUUGUAUGCUUUAAAACAUUUUCAAAUACCAUUAGAAAUUUAUCAAGAAUUUUAUCCAGACGAUUAUGAUGGAUAUAUUACGGCACAUUUCAAUAUGGAUCGCAUUUAUGAUCAAACAAUGAAUUAUUCUAUGGCACUGAAAUAUUUUCAAAUAUAA